ACUGCCCUCUUCAACUUCCAAUCCCUCCUCCUCGUCAUCCUCCUCACAAUCUGCACUUCGACAUACGCGCACUCGGUGUUCCCCGGUAUAAUCGAUCGAAACAAGGAAAAUUGGAUUGUGUCGCCGUUGUGGAAGGCGGCGAGGGUUGGCGAGAGGUUGAGUCCGUAUGUUAGUAUUGCGUGUGUGGUUAUGGCUGUGAGUUUUUUU